AUGGACGGGCAGACAGCGGAGAAGCCCUUCUCGUGUCCUGAAUGCGGGAAACGCGUAACCAGAAAAACCACCCUCCGGAUACAUCUGAGGCUUCACACGGGAGAGCGACCCUUCCCGUGUUCUCAGUGCGCCAAAUGUUUCGCUACCAAGCGGCAGCUGACAAAACACGAGCGCUUUCACACGGGAGAGAAGCCCUUUACGUGUCCCGGCUGCGGGAGAGGCUUCGUCUCCAAGUCGGAACUGAUCCGGCACGAGCGGGUCCACACCGGGGAGAAGCCGUACGCCUGUGCGGAGUGCGGGAAGCGAUUCGCCAGAAAAGAUUGCCUCCGCGUCCACGAGAAGUUCCACAAGAACGUGUGGCCGUUUUCCUGCCCUGAAUGCGGGAAAGGCCUUCCCACCAAGAUCGCGCUCGAUAAUCACGAGAAGAAGCACAGUGGGGAGAAACCGUUCGCCUGUCUUGAAUGCGGAAAAUGUUUUAUCACCCAACCGGAGCUUAUUAGACAUGAGAGAUUUCACACGGGAGAGAACCUGUUGGCGUGUCCUGGAUGCGACCGGUGGUUUGCCACACCGUCGGAGCUCAGCAGACACGAGAGAAUUCACACGGGAGAGAGACCGUUUGCGUGUUCCAAAUGCGGGAAGUGCUUCUAUACAAAGGGGAACCGGAACAAGCACGAACUGAGUCACACGGGAGAGAAACCCUACACGUGUUCGGAAUGCGGGAGGCGCUUCAGUAAGAAGUCUUCCCUCACCAUACAUCACAGGACUCACACUGGGGAGAAACCGUUUAUCUGUUCCGAGUGCGGCAUAGGUUUCCACGCGAAGGUGCAACUCAACAGGCACGAGAAGCUGCACACCGGCGAGAAGCCGUUCUCGUGCCCCGCGUGCGCAAAACGCUUUAACACAAAGACGCACCUGACCAGACACGAGCGGAUGCACACGGGGGAGAAGCCGUUUGCGUGUUCUGAAUGCGAGAAGUGCUUCACCUCGAAAACCGAGCUGGUUAGGCACUUGAGAUUUCACACGGGAGAGAGACCGUUUGCGUGUUCCCAAUGCGGAAAAUGCUUUUCCACCAAGUCGCUACUCGGCAAGCAUGAGCAAUGUCACAGCGGAGAGAAGCCGUUUGUGUGUUCUGAGUGCGGGCAAUGUUUCACUACACGGCCUUCACUCACCGCACACAGGAGAACUCACACCGGGGAGAAACCGUUCGCCUGCUCUGAGUGCGGAUUACGCUUUCACACAAAGACGCAGCUGAAGAAACACGUGAAGUUUCACACGGGGGAGAAGCCGUUCGCGUGUGUCGAGUGCGGGAGGUGUUUUACCGCAAAGGCGCUCCUGCACAGACACGUGAGAAUGCACGCCGUUUGCGUGCUCUGA